AUGGCAUCUGCUGAAGUUAUUUCCCUGAGCAUUAUCAAUGUAUUUCUCAGCGUUUUUGGAUGUGUAAUGAACAUUUUGGUGGUACUGGCCAUUCAACUGAACCCAGAGCUACAAAAAGGUUUAAAUUUGUUGAUCGUGUCCUUAACAGUUGCCGAUCUUGUAAACUGUUUGAUUGCACAACCUAUGUAUGUCUACUAUCUUAGCAACAAGGGCGACACAAGCUACCUAGCAGCACUUCGUAUUGUCGCUUUCAUCGGUCUCCAUGCGGUUUUCUCCAACCUCAUAACGAUCACGUAUCACAGAAUGAAAGCCCUGUCGCGACCUUUAUCUCACCUUUUGCUGGUGUCGCAAAGAGAUCUUCUCGUAUUCAUAACAAUAACAUGGAUCGUUUCUAUUAUAGUUGGUAUUGUUUUCGCAACGGAACCAGGAGAAGAGGCUGGUGCCUAUGUUCAUGGAGUUAUGAUACUUCUUCUGAUUUUAACUUACUUGAGAAUGCUGUGGGUCUCGAGACGCAAACGCGCAAAAAUCGCUCAGGAAGCGGGGACAGCCAAUUACCACCAACAAGCGGCCACCAUGGAGCAUGAAAACGCCGCUGCGAUAACGUCAGCUAUUUUGGUAGGCACCACAUUGCUAUGCUACCUGCCUGAUGUCCUUCUGGACUUUAUGGGGAAAGGGGAAGAAACCAGGUUGAUGGGAACUUACACCCUGUUGUUUUCUAGUUCGGCACUGAAUCCCUGUAUAGUAAUAUGGCGUAAUCAACUGUUUAGAAGAGCGCUGCUUCAAACACUUCGCCUUAGGGACUGAACGGGUAAAGUAGAUAUAGGAAGUGCAAUUUCGUGAGGUUAACAAAUUAGAUUUCUAAUUCCCUGAUUCGGAGGAGGAGUGUGUAUCAUGAAAAUAAAGGGUACACAUAUAAAGAUUGAAAGUUUUUUUUUCGAUAGGCGUUAAAUG